AUGCCUACAGCAACAGUAGGCUUGCUUCGUGAGGCCAAAAAUGAGAACGCCACGUACUGCGGUGCCACCAGAUCCUGCUGCACGCGGAUUUGGGACUGCGAUGAGUUAGACCCCUGGCCACAAGCCGUCACCAAACAGCAAAGAGCUGUCUGGUGGGGUGAGGCUGACCUCCACAAUGAGGCAGGCCGGUUGAGACGGCUGCUUCGACAGCUCGAGAAGCUCGGGAGCCAGUGCGUGGAGAGUUGUCAGGCCCAGCGCCACAAUCAGUGCUUCCAGAAGCUGACGGAAGUCGCCGAGAAGAAGCUCCUCGGCCAGGACAUCACUGUCCAUCAGAAGCAGGAGGAAAAGAAGUUCAAAGCAUUGGUGGAGUACAACAACCAAAAUAGAGGGUGGUACUUCGACAGCUCUUCAAAAUGGCUCGCCGAGUACCAGAAGAACCUAGACAAGAGCAAGCAGCCUGAACAAAGGCAGUGGAAUCAAAAUGCACUGGCACACCAGCUGGUGGUCAUGGCGCCCCUGGCGCUGCACUCUUCGGAGCAAGCCCGUGUGGUCGAGCAGAAGACGAUGGACUGCUGCGCAUGCAAGAAGGAGAUUGGCUCCUUCGACACGGUCCUCGACUCGAAGCCCUUUGUCAUCAGCUUCUGCACCGCCGAGUCGUGCGAUACCGGCCAGCUCGGUGACAUGCCGCAGCCUCGCCCGCCAGGCUCCUGCGAGAGGACGGGGCACUGGCAGCAGGCGCUUGGCAUGGCUCAGCUCGACCAGAAUGUUUCUGCGGAGUCCUACAAGGCCCUCAUCGCAGCCUGCCAGGCUUCAGCUGCCACGACGGCAGGUGCGGCUUUGAUGCGCCAAAUGCACGGAGAAAUCACGGACCCUGGCUUCCCUUGGCUGUGGACCCUGGCCAAGCUGCAGCUUCCGGAGGCUGAGCUCCGCGCCUGCGCCGCGGUGGCUGCCAUUCGGGCGCUCGAGGGAACUGUCUCUCCGGCGGAGUUCGCGAUGGUGUCCUGGUCGCUGGCCACACUCGGUGUUGCAAGCCCACAAUUCCGAGCCGCGUGCUCCCGACAAGCUUCCUCGCUGCAUCGCUUCACCACGCAGGAGCUUGGCCAUCUUGCCUUCGGCCUUGCAGCUUCCCCGGAUGCAGAGGUCUUCUUGCAGCUGCAACGAGAAGUUCGGGCACGUUUGAAGAUGGUGCGCUGGAGUCAGGUUGCAGCACCUCUUCGGCGAAAAGCAUUAGAGGACGACCUCCUGAAUGUCCUUUGGUCCUGCAGUUUUGCUGGCGCCGUGGAUCCACCGUUGCGCAGAGCACUUGGCCGCUGCUUCCGGGCACUUGGUGCCAGCUUGGACAAGAGGUUUCGCAACAGCCCCGCUCCGCUGCACUCCAGCCAAGCUUUCACUGGGCCUUCCGUCCGGCUGGAGCUCUGUGACCGACUAGUCCUUUUUAAGCCAGUGGGCUGGGAAGUUUGCGACGGGAACGUUGGUCGGCAACUUCGACACUUUGUGAACUGGAAGGGCUCAUGGCCCAUUCUGCAGAGUGCGCAGCAUGACCAUGGGUUCCUGCACCGCGUGGACGUUCCGUGCUCUGGGUUGAUUCUCUUUGCGAAGAGCUUUCGAGCAUACUACGACUUGCAGGUGCAGUUGAGAGCCGGAGAGAUUCGACGUGACUACUGUGUCUUGUGCCACGGCUGGUUCGCGCAAACACAGCGCAGGGUGAAUGCCCUCGUGACAUGGCAAGGAGAUGGGCCAACUCGCUCCGGCAGUGUCGGAAAACCUGCACGCACAGAAUUCAAGGCGCUGGCUCACAUUCUCCUCCAGCUUGGCACUGCAACAUUGACGGUGGUGCGGAUUGCAACCGGCCGGCGUCAUCAAAUUCGCAGCCACUGCUCCUUCAUGGGACACGCAGUGGUUCGGGACGAGAAGUACACCGCUUUGCAAACACAGGAAUUGGAUUUUCACGUCUGCGACUCUAUCUUUUUGCAUCGACAUUCCUUGUUUUUUCACGACCUUGUCAAUGGCGAGCACGAGGUGUUGGAUCAUUUGCCUGCCGACCUCAUCUCUGCACUUGCGGGAGCAGCUGGGAAAGACCCAAGCUCUACUGCUGCACUGAAUCGUGUAAUUCAUGGUGAUUUGCAGAAUUGGGAGCUGUCAGAGCCGAUCACCUGCAGCAGAAUGCAAUCGCAAGAGCAAAAGGUAGGAGGCUGCGAGCCUUUGCACAACAGUGAGCCAACUGCAUAUGGGCGGCAGCGGCAUGAGGAAACGCCGGAGACAGCUACGAGGCUUGCAGACACACUUCCGCUAAAGGAGCCCUUGACGCCCAGGGAAGCUGCGCAGGUCGCCCGCAGUCUUGCGCAACACCGGAAGCUGCAAGAAGCACUGGAUUUGCUCGGCUCACUGCAAAGCCUGCAUGUCCCAGCAGCUGAUGUCAUCACUUUCAAUAUCGCCAUCAACUCCUGCUCCAAGGUCAAUCAUUGGGUCCUCGCAGAGGAGUUCUAUUCCGUAAUGCGUGCAAGCUCUGUGCGUCCCACGGCGGUGACCUUGAACAGCGUGGUCAAUGCCCACGAGCGGUCCGGCAAUUGGCAAGCUGCAUUGGGUCGCCUGAUGAGCUUCCAGAAUUUGGGCGUCAGCGGAGAUGCUAUCAGCUUCAACACUGCGAUCACAGCCUGUGCUCGGGCGAAGCAGUGGAGCUUUGCAUUGAGUAUACUUCGUAUCAAUGAGGACUUCAUGGAAGACAGCAUUGGUUACAACGCUGCUGCGAGUGCUUUUGAGAAGGUGAAGCUCUGGUGCAACGUCCUCGACCUGGUUCAGUCAAUGCAUGUGGCCCGUGCUGAAGCUGACCAUUUUACCUUCAGUACGACUUUGUCUUCGCUUUCGGGAGCUGAGCUUUGGCAGUCGGUUUUCGCUUGUUUGAAGGACAUGCAGGUCUCCACUGACAACUUUGUCCUCAGUGCCAUUAUCAAAGCAUGCGAAGCAAGUACUCAGUGGCAUUUGGCGAUGCACUAUUUGUCUGAUCUGGAGGACCGGCAACUUCAGCCCGAUGUCGCACUUCUCAACAGCGCCAUCAGCGCAGCUGCCAAAGCAGGUGAGUGGGAACAGGCAUUCUCCCUGAUCAGCUCUCUCCAGCACAUUCGUUUGGAGCCAGAUGUCAUCACCUGGGGCGCUGCAGCCACCGCUUGUGAAAGGGCUGCGCAGUGGAGAACAGCCAUUGCACUGCUCAAGAGCAUGAGGCAUUCUCUAACGCAGCCGAAUGCGUGCGUUUGCAACGCGGUGGUGAGCUCUUGUGAGAAGAGCGGCCAGUGGGAGCAAGCUCUUCUGAUGCUAGAUGUCAUGAAUGCUUCGGAAAUCUUGCCCGAUCUGAUUGCAUACAAUGCGACCAUCAGUGCAUGCAGCCGCACACACUGGCAAAUGUCUUUGCACUUGCUCCAUGUUAUGGACAGCCGAUCUGUCAGAUGUGACACGAUAUCCUACAAUGCUUGCAUCACUGCAUGUGAGCGUGGCGGUCGCUGGCAAGAAGCACUUGCUUGUUUGCACGCCAUGUCAGCACGGAGUAUUUUGAUCAACACUGUGAGCUACAAUGCAGCGAUUGCAGCGAGUGGAAGACAGUUUCACUGGAAAGAAGCUUUGCAUCUUCUUUGGAGCAUGGAGUUGCUUCGACUCUCUCCAGAUGUGGUAACCUACAAUGCAGCACUUGCCGCACUUGGAGAUUCGCGAAGUUGGAAGACCCUUUGCGCACUGUUCCACGACAUGCGCCAGCAUGUCAUCCAACCAGACCUCGUGACGUUCAACACUUCUCUGAGUGUUUGCUUUCACUGGCAAACAACAGUCUUGCUUUGGCACUUGAUGGUUCAAGAUCAAGUUUGGCCAGAUCUUUUGACGUACAACUCGUUAUUGACUUCACUCAGACACCAUCAGAGCUGGCAAACUGCGCUGUCUCUUCUUGGAGAGAUGAAGCUAGCCGUCGCUUUGGUUCGCAGUGCAUUUUUGUGGUGUGCAUCGCGGCGAUGCUGCUUGAGAUGCAAGACAAAGUGUCUUUCAUGCUUUGCGGUUUCCGAGGUUUGCAAGCCGACGACAAUUACGUUUGAAGCGCUCAUCUCUUGUGGAAUUCACAGACAGCACCUGCCGAUAUACAUGGAGGCUGCCCAGGGGCAGAUCAUUUGUGAGCUGCAUGUUAUGGCCAAGCUUUGA